CACUGUCAUUCACAGGAACCGGAAGAAGCGCUCACCUUGACAAGCAACCAAAACACAUGGAGUACAAGAGAAUUGGGAAAACAAGGCAUACUUUAAAUUACUCUUUCCGGUUCACUUGCAGACAUUAACACAGGAUUGCUGUUUUAAUAUUCAGUGGUUACGUUAACCGUCUUCAGCGCUAAAACAACAACAACCACAACCACACUCGGUAAAUGAGUGAGCAACGUUAGCAGUUCCCCUGGAGUAAAUACCGUGUCCCUGGAUCAAAUAUCGCGUCGCGGUCCGCAUGUUGGCGUCUCCUGGUUUUCAAUUAUGAGGUUUCCUUUUAUUUUUGUUGCCAGAUGCUGUACAGCUGUUAACAGUCUCCAGAAAGGCCAUUUUUUAUCACCAAUUCAAGCUCUGUUGAAACAUCAGAAGUGCGCUGCUUUGAGAUACACGACCACCCGGCAGUGCAGAGGCGACAGGAGUUUCUAUGUUACUACGCCCAUAUUCUAUGUCAACGCUUCUCCUCAUUUAGGACACCUGUAUUCAGCUGUGAUAGCCGACUGCUUGCACAGAUACAAGCUACUUCAGGAAUUUAACUCCAAGUUUGCAACAGGAACUGAUGAACAUGGCUUGAAAAUACAACAAGCGGCCGAAGCUGCAGGGCAAGAUCCCCUCACCUUCUGCACCAAUGUUUCCGACCGAUUCAAGCAUCUCUUCAGCAGCUGCAACAUAUCGUACACAGACUACAUAAGAACCACUGAGCAGAGACACCGGCAGGCCGUAGAGCAUUUUUGGUCGGUGCUUUGGAGUAAAGGGCUCAUCUACAAGGGGAGUUAUGAGGGCUGGUACUCCACACAAGAUGAAAGCUUCCUCAUGCCGACGCAGGUCUGUGAUGCUCUGGACUCAACAGGGAAGGAGAUCAAAGUGUCGCUGGAAAGUGGACACAAGGUGGAGUGGAUGAAAGAGGACAACUACAUGUUUCGUCUGUCUGCGUUUCGGUCACAGCUGCUCGACUGGCUCAGAAGUAAUCCUCAGGCUGUUCAACCCGAACGUUUCCAUCAGGCUGUUAUCCAGUGGCUGCAGGAAGACCUUCCUGACCUCUCAGUGUCCCGUCAGAGGAGUCGCCUACAGUGGGGCAUCCCAGUCCCAGGAGAUGCUGAACAGACUAUUUACGUGUGGCUAGAUGCUCUUGUGAACUAUCUCACCGUAGCUGGCUAUCCAGGUAAACAUGACCAAUGGUGGCAUGUAGCUCACCACGUUAUAGGAAAGGACAUCUUAAAAUUCCAUGCCAUCUACUGGCCAGCUUUUCUUCUUGGAGCUGAACUGCCACUGCCGCAGGUCAUACAUGUGCACUCUCACUGGACUGUGGGAGCGAAGAAGAUGUCUAAAAGUUUGGGUAACGUGGUAGAUCCUCUUGAACGUUCACAGAAGUUCACAACUGAUGGUAUGAGGUAUUUUCUGCUGCGGCAGGGUGUCCCAGACUCAGACUGUGACUAUACAGAUGACAAAGUUAUGAAGCUGCUCAAUUCAGAGAUUGCCGACUCUCUGGGUGGUCUGCUUAACCGCUGCACUGCUCCAGCUCUCAACCCAGCUCAGGUCUACCCCCAUUUCUGCCCUCAGUCUUUCUCCGUUGAACACGGAGGCAAAGCUGUGGUUGAAGAUUACCACAUGUUGACUUCUGUUACGAAUCUACCAUCCGUGGUAGAGGAGCACUAUGAGAGCAUGCAUGUGUACAAAGCUCUGGAGGCCAUCAGUGCCUGCGUGAGGCAGACCAACGGGUUUGUUCAGCGACACACACCUUGGAAGCUGGACAGGAGGGACGGCAAAGACCAGCGCUGGCUAGACACCAUUAUCCACGUCUCACUUGAAUGUCUGAGGAUAUACGGAAUUCUCCUCCAGCCAGUGGUGCCAGAGGUUUCUGACAAACUGCUGUCCAGACUCGGAGUGCGGCCACAUGAGAGGAGCUGGGCAGCUCUGAACUUUCUGCCCAAGUAUCAGGGAAUGGAUUGUCCCUUUGAAGGGAGAUCACUAGGACCUGACGCCGGACUGCUUUUUAGUCGCUUGGAGUGUCAGAAUGUAGGUAAACAAAAACCCAAGAAAACAAAAAAGUCAACAUGAUGUUUUCUCUCAGUCAUAUCCUGACACUCUGAAGUUCACAACUCAUAACAGAAAAAAAACACAAGUGGA